UUAUUCGUUAAUUCAUUUUCUUUGAUAACAAUAAAUCUAUACAACAUGGUCACUGCCACUAACCUCGGAUAUCCUUACGUCGGCGCUAAGCGUGAGCUCAAGAAGCUUGUCGAGUCUUUCUGGUCUUCCAAGAUCACCGAGCAGGAGCUUCGUACUGGCUACUCCAAGAUCCAGGAGUCUCACUGGAAGUUGCAGCAGGAGAAGGGCAUUCAGCACAUCCCCUCCGGUGAAUACACUCUCUACGAUCGCGUUCUUGAUACCGCCCAGCAGUUCGGCGCCAUUCCCCAGCGUUACCAGCACAUCAAGAGCCCCCUUGAGCAGUUCUUUGCCAUGGGUCGUGGUCUCCAGCGCGCUGCCACCGCUACCACCGAGAAGGUCGAUGUCCCUGCCAUGGAGAUGAAGAAGUGGUUCGACACCAACUACCAUUUCAUUGUCCCCGAGUUCGAGGCCGACCAGAAGUUCACCCUCCAGAACCCUCGCGCCGUUGAGCAGUUCAAGGCCGCCAAGGCUCUCGGUAUCCAGACUCGCCCCGUUCUUGUCGGUCCUGUCACCUUCUUGCACCUCGGUAAGGCUGCCAAGGGUACCGAGCCCUUCGAGACCCUUUCCUUGUUGUCCAAGGUCCUCCCUCUCUACAUUGAGCUCAUCAAGCAGCUCGAGGCCGCUGGUGCCGAGUGGGUCCAGAUUGAUGAGCCCGUCCUCGUGUUCGAUUUGGAUGCCAAGGUCAAGACCGCCCUUGAGGAGGCCUACAAGACCAUCAAGGCCCAGACUUCCAUCAAGGUCCUCGUUGCCGCCUACUUUGGUCGCGUCGAGAGCAACAUCAACGCCGUCAUCAACCACGUCGAUGCCGUCCACCUCGACCUUGUCCGUGCCCCUGAAGAGCUCGACACUGUCUUGCCCUUGUUGAAGAACGGUCAGGUCCUUUCUCUUGGUCUCGUCGAUGGUCGCAACAUCUGGAUCAACAACCUCUCCAAGUCUAUCGACCUUGCCGAGAAGGCCGUCAAGGCUCUUGGCCAGGACCGUGUCUUCAUUGCUCCUUCCUGCUCUUUGGCCCACUCUCCCUUCUCGACCACCUUUGAGAAGAAGAUCCAGGCCAAGAACCCCGAGCUCUUCAGCUGGUUGUCCUAUGCUGCCGAGAAGUGCUCUGAAGUCUCUAUCAUUGCCAAGGCUUUGAACCAGGGUCGUGACUCUGUCAAGGAGGCUCUUGCUGCCAACGCUGCUGCCAUCGAGUCCCGCCGCACUUCCCCCCAGACCAAGAACCCCGAGGUCCGUGAACGUGUUGCCAAGGUCCCCGCUGCCGCCUGGAAGCGUCCUUCUCCCUUCUCUGUCCGUCGUGAGGCCCAGGUCAAGAAGCUCAACCUCCCUCUCUUCCCCACCACCACCAUCGGUUCCUUCCCCCAGACCAAGGACAUCCGUAUUGCCCGUCAGAAGUACGCCAAGGGUGAGCUUUCCCAGGCUGACUAUGAUGUCUUCAUCAAGGCUGAGAUGAAGAAGGUCGUCGAGUUCCAGGAGAGAGUUGGUCUUGAUGUCCUUGUCCACGGUGAGCCCGAGCGUAACGACAUGGUUGAGCACUUUGGUCACCUUUUGCACGGCUAUGACUUUACCGAGAACGGCUGGGUUGUUUCCUAUGGCUCCCGUUGCGUCAAGCCCCCUGUUAUCUUUGGUGAUGUUAGCCGUCGUCAGCCCAUGACCAUCGACGAGAUUGUCUACGCUCAGUCCUUGACUAAGUUGCCCAUGAAGGGUAUGCUGACUGGUCCCGUCACCAUGAUGAAGUGGUCCUUUGUCCGUGAUGAUAUUCCUGCCAACGAGCUCUGUGCCCAGAUCGCCCUUGCCCUCCGUGACGAGGUCGUUGAUCUUGAGACUGCCGGUAUUCCUUGCAUCCAGGUUGAUGAGCCCGCUAUCCGUGAAGGUCUCCCUAUCCGUCGUGCUGACUGGGAUUCUUACCUUGAGUGGUCUGUUGGUUCUUUCCGUCUCUCCACUGCCGGUGUCCGUAACGAGACCCAGAUCCACACUCACAUGUGCUACUCUGAUUUCAACGAUAUCUUUGACGCUAUUGCUGCUCUGGAUGCUGAUGUUAUCACUAUCGAGAACUCCAAGUCUGAUGAGAAGCUCCUCAAGAUCUUUGAGACCAAGCAGUACACCAACGAGAUCGGUCCCGGUCUUUACGACAUUCACUCUCCCCGUGUUCCCUCUUACGAGGAGAUGAAGACCCGUUUCGGUGACAUGCUCAAGUACUUGCCCGAGCAGCUCUUGUGGGUUAACCCCGAUUGCGGUCUUAAGUCCCGUGGCUGGCCUGAGGUUGAGGCUGCCCUUGUCAACAUGGUCGCCGUCGCCAAGUACUACCGUUCUCUCAAGGCCACCAAGGCCUAAGAAGCAACAAAAAAGGAACUUGCUGGCCUUGACUCAUGUCUCUUUUUUAUAUACAUACUUACAAAAGAAAAAAAGAUUCCCCUAAUUCUCUGUACAUUCUAUUUGAUUCCAUUUUUUCAACAAAAAGCACAUACGGCAAGUUUGAUACAGCAAGUAGAGAGUUCAACAACUCAAAGCUUUUCUAAAAAACAAAAAAUAGUCAAAAAAUCAAAAAAUCAAACAAAACUUACAUACGUUGAAAAUCAUCCUUCUUUAUAUCUACCUUUCUUUAUAUAUUUUCUAAUUAUUGAUUCUCUUAAAGAUGUUUAUACACAUUACACAUUCUCAAAUAGUUAUUCAUUUUAAAGAAGAAAAAGAAUGAAAAAAAAAAUGCUUAAUAAAAAAAAAACAAUAUUUGGCAUCUUUUUGUUACAAUUAAAACACUGUUCUUAUAAAUUUU